AUGGAAGAAAGGGGUGACAGUCUCACCCCAGGAACUUUCUCAAAGUUGAGCCUCCUCUGCUGCCCACACUCUCUCCCCAUACUGCACCUGGUAACGGCAAGGGCAGAUCCGCCUCCAAAUCUCCGAAUCAGCGUGGCCUCGGGACCCCUUUCGACAGCAGCACAGUCACGGCUCUUCUCGGGCUCCAUUCAUUCGCCUUCAGGUUGGUUCCAUGAUUUGGGAGCCUGGCCGGGCCUGAAGCAGGGCCUGGGGAAAGAAACUAUUUCAGAAGAAGUAAAGGAUAUCACUAGUUUAUUCAAGAAAGAAACAGAAAUGAUGGAGAAGCCUGGAUUUAUUAAAGAAACAUCAGGUUUAUUAAAGGAAGCUUCUGAUGGGAAACCUUCUAAUCAGAUUUAUAAAACACAUCUGGGAAUGGAUAUAUUAGGGACACAUUGUGGUACAGCAACAUCCUCUUCUGAACGUAAGCCUAAGAAUAAUGAAGAAGGUCUAUCAUUAACAACUGAGAUGACUGCUGAAUAUCAGGCUUCUGUUGACUUCCUAUCUCAUGAAAUAUUAGGAAAAAAUAGCCUACAAUUCUCUGAAGAGUAUCAGAAAGGACUUGACGAAAAGCCAGAUAACUUUACUAUUAACCUCAAGGCCAAGGGUUUACAAGAAUUCCCUAAGAGCAUUAUAAAAACAAAAUAUCUAAAAUAUCUAUAUUUAGACCAGAACAAAAUCAAAGGUUUUAAAAGAGCAGACUUAACUGAGCUGCUAGGACUUGAAAUUCUAUCCUUGCAAGACAAUGGGUUAUCAUCAUUUCCAUCUGAAAUUCAGUUACUUCAUAAUUUAAGGAUAUUAAAUGUCAGUCACAACCAAAUAUCACAUAUUCCUAAAGAAAUAUCACAGCUUGAGAAUAUCAGGCAACUCUUUUUAAAUUACAAUGGCAUGGAGAAUUUUCCUUCUGGCUUAGAAAACCUUAGAAAGUUGGAAAUUUUAAAUUUGGCUAAUAACAACUUAAAAUGUAUACCAGAUACUUUGUCUAGUUUAAAAAACUUGAGCGUUCUCAAUUUGGAAUACAACCAGUUAACAAUAUUUCCUAAAGUUUUGUGCUUCCUUUCAAAGUUAAUUUCACUAAACCUUACUGGAAACCUGAUAAGCAGUUUGCCUAAGGAAAUUAGGGAGCUUAAACAUUUAGAAAAACUUUUACUGGCUCACAAUAAACUUACAUUUUUGUCGGUGGAAAUUUUUCAAUUGUUCAAAAUGCAAGAACUCCAACUGAAUGACAAUAAAUUAGAAGUUAUUUCACACAGAAUUGAAAAUUUUAGGAUACUUAGGAUUCUAAUACUUGAUAAAAAUUUAUUGAAAGAAAUACCAGAGAAUAUUUCCCACUGUGUAAUGUUGGAAUGCCUUAGCCUCAGUGAUAAUCAAUUAACAAAACUUCCUAAGAACAUCCAUAAGCUUAAAAAUUUAAGAAUCUUCAAUGUAAAUAGAAAUAAUAUAAUGAGAAUACCUGAAGAUAUCUCACAUUUUAAUAAUAUGCUUAGCUUAGGAUUGUCAGGAAAUAUAAUCAUAGAUGUUCCCAUUGAAAUAAAAAACUGUAAGAAAAUAACUAAAGUUGAGUUGAGUUAUAAUAAAAUAACGUAUUUUCCAAUAGGUCUGUGUGCUUUAGAGUACCUUUAUUAUUUGAUUAUUAAUGGAAAUUAUAUUUCAGAAAUACCUGUGGAUAUAUCUUUCAGUAAACAAUUGCUUCACUUAGAGUUUAAUGAAAACAAACUCCUCAUAUUUUCUGAGCACUUAUGUUCUCUUAUUAAUCUUCAAUACCUGGAUCUUAGUAAAAACCAAAUAAGGACAAUUCCAUCAUCUAUUUCCAAUAUGGAAUCACUCCAUGUUCUUAUUUUAAGCUGUAAUAAAUUUGAAACUUUCCCUAAACAAGUGUGUACUUUAGCAAAUUUGCAAGUACUUGAUAUUUCAGAAAACCAAAUACAAAAUAUCCCUUCAGCGAUCUAUAACUUAAAAAAAAUCCAGAAAUUAAAUAUCUCAAGCAACCAAUUUUUGUAUUUUCCUGUUGAACUGUGUCAACUACAAUCACUGAAAGAGCUGAAUAUGAGUCAGAAAAAUGGGAGAAAGUUAUCAAGACUUCCACAAGAACUGAUUAAAAUGACUCAACUUAAAGGACUUGAUAUCUCAAAUAAUGCAAUCAGAGAACUUCCAAGAAAUAUAGGGGAAAUGAAAAGCUUGGUCAGUUUACAUGCAUACAACAAUCAAAUAAGAUAUCUGCCACCAUCUAUUCUAUCUUUAAAACAACUUCAGGAACUAAACUUGAGUGGAAAUAAUCUUACAGCUCUGCCUAGUGGAAUCCACAACCUUUUCUCACUGAAAGAUAUAAAUUUUGAUGAUAACCCUUUGCUGAGACCUCCAAUGGAAAUUUGUAAAGGAAAACAGUUGUAUACUAUUGCAUGCUAUCUACAGAGGGCAGAGGAAAGAGAUGAGAAAAUCUUAGAGAAGAUCUUGAAGAUAGUUGCCAACAACAUCACUGAAAUAACUUUUCAAUAUUUGUGUCAAAAAUUACAUGUAAUCUCAGAAAUAGAUAUACAUCCAAAGAGUACUCUUUCACUAAGCGAGAAAGCCCAGCGAGCACUUGAUAAAUGGAAAAUGGAACACAGCAACUUGUCCACUGAUGCUUUAAGAGACCAACUAACCCGGGUGCUAACUAUGAUAGGAGCAUAUGAAAUUAUGGACAAAAUAACAGCUUUUCAACUUUCUGCAUGCACAAUCAAAUUCUGAACAGUGUAUCCAUAAUAAAAGCUGAAAACUUAGGAUGCACUUUAUAA